AUGGCUCGAGUAGCCAACGAACUUAUUUCGGCUCCGCCACUGUCUGGUUAUUCAAGUGAAAAGGAAAUGGUUGAUCUGUUACUUGAUGCUCUAAAGUCGGUAUUACUCGGUGAUUCGUAUUCCGUCGAGCAAGAAUCGACACUUGAUUACGAUGAUGUCCAAGACGAAGACGAAAAAUAUGAAGAAGGUGUACAAGAUGUGCAGAUGAGAAUUCGAUUAUCUUCGUCGAAUUAG